GGGGCGCUGGCAACCCAGCAGCGGGGUUAGGGUGCACUUGGCGAAGCCGCUCGGCGAAGCUCCUGAGGGGAUGGGGAUGGUGGCGGUCGCCGUCGGUCCCCUCCUUGCCCUCGGGGCGCCGGGAGGCUAAGAAGCCCCGCUGCGGCCGCUUGCGAAGGGACGAGAGAACGGUCAUCUAUUCUGGAUUUAGCUCAGGACAUGGAUGAAGAAAAUUAAGUCAGUAUUGGAACUGGAACUUAAAAAACAAAAAACCUUCUCAUUCACAGUUAUGCUGCCUGUCUAGGUUUCUUUGGAAGACUCAUCUUUUUCAUCUUUUUACAAAGCUUGAAGCACAAUGACUUCGGGUUUGUGGAGUCAAGAGAAAGCGAGCUCUCCAUAUUGGGAAGAGCGUAUAUUUUACUUGCUUCUCCAGGAAUGUAGCAUUAUAGACAAGCAGACUCAAAAGCUAUUAAAAAUACCCAAAGGUAGUAUCGGUCAGUUUAUUCAAGACAGGUCUUCCGGUGGUGGGCACAUCAGGAACAACCCUUCAUCCAAAAACAAGAAGCUACAAAUAGGAAUCAAGAUUUUGGAACAGCCCCAUGUGGUCCUGUACGUCGACGAGAAAGAGAUCGUUGAUAUAGAGGAAAAAAGAGCCGAGCUGCUAUUGGCAAUCACCAAUUGUGAGGAAAGAUACAGUAUAUUUAAAAGCAGAAGCAGGCUACGUAAGGGCCUCCACAUCGAUGUUGGUUCCCCGGUGAAAGUGCAGCUGAGGUCAGGAGAAGAGAAAUACCCUGGCAUUGUUCGCUUUAGAGGACCCUUAAUACAAGAGAGAUCCCUGUCGGGUAUAUUUUUCGGAGUGGAGCUUCUGGAAGAAGGUCGUGGUCAGGGCUUUACUGAUGGACAGUACCAAGGCAAACAGCUGUUCAGAUGUGAUGAGGACUGUGGAGUGUUUGUUGCACUAGACAAACUAGAACUGAUGGACGAUGAUGACAAUGAACUGGAGAAUGACUAUGCAGCUCCAGUUGACUCAAUGCAGGUAGAACUUCCUCCUUUGGAGCUCAACUCCAGGGUUUCUGUGAAGAUAGGGAAGAAUAUAGAGUAUGGGACAGUUAUAUUCUGUGAUGUCAUACCAGGAAACGAGAGUUUAGGAUACGUUGUUGGAGUGGACAUGGACAAUCCAAUUGGAAAUUGGGAUGGAAGAUACAAUGGACAGCAGCUCUGUAGUUUUGCAAGUGUUGAAAGCACACUUCUUUUGCAUAUCAAUGAUGUUAUCCCAGAGGCUGUGUGUCAGGACAGGAGACCUCCCAAACUUGCUUAUGCUUCCAGAGGUGGUGGUGACAAAGGUUUUGGUCAUAGCAAGCCAAAGUCUACAGGUGCACUGUCUGAUCCUGGAAACAGAAACAGAACAGAAUUUUUCUACGCUUUAAAUGGCUCCUCAGUUGAUUCUCAAGCACAGCCAAAAUCAAAAAAUACAUGGUAUAUUGAUGAAGUGGCUGAAGAUUCUGCAAAAUCACUCAAUGACUCCUCUUCUGGGUUUGGAAAUUCUUCCCCACCGCUGCAGCCUGCCCCGUCGAAUAGUUUAUCUUCUGAAAACAGAUUCCAUUCCCUGCCUUUCAGCCUCACCAAGAUGUCAAGCACCACCAACAGUUCUAUAUCACACAGCCCGCUCUCCUUAUCGGUUCAAUCGGUUAUUGGAGAAGGGACCUCUGGGCCAAUCCAGGAGAGCCCACCAGCCACCACAGCCCCCAUCAACAUGCAUGGCCUCGAAGCUGGCUCUUUAGCAGAAGUGAAAGAGAACCCUCCCUUCUACGGAGUAAUCCGUUGGAUCGGCCAGCCGCCAGGGGUCAAUGAAGUGUUAGCCGGGCUUGAGCUGGAAGAUGAAUGUGCAGGUUGCACCGAUGGGACUUUUAAAGGAACCCGUUACUUUACCUGCGCACCAAAGAAAGCUCUUUUUGUCAAGCUGAAAAGCUGUCGACCUGACUCCAGAUUUGCUUCACUGCAGCCGGUGUCCAAUCAGAUCGAACGUUGCAAUUCCUUAGCCUUUGGAGGCUAUCUCAGUGAAGUGGUCGAAGAAAACACUCCUCCAAAAAUGGAAAAAGAAGGAUUAGAAACAAUGAUCGGAAAGAAAAAGGGGAUCCAGGGUCAUUAUAACUCCUGCUACUUAGAUUCCACCUUAUUCUGCCUGUUUGCAUUCAGUUCUGUCCUGGAUACAGUCUUGCUCCGGCCCAAAGAGAAGAAUGAUGUAGAAUAUUAUAGCGAAACUCAAGAAUUGCUACGGACAGAGAUCGUAAAUCCUCUUCGAAUAUAUGGAUAUGUGUGUGCCACAAAAAUAAUGAAGCUGAGAAAGAUCCUGGAAAAAGUUGAAGCAGCAUCAGGAUUCACGUCUGAAGAAAAAGAUCCAGAAGAAUUUUUGAAUAUUUUGUUCCAUCAUAUUUUAAGAGUAGAACCACUCUUAAAAAUAAGAUCGGCAGGGCAAAAAGUUCAGGACUGCUAUUUCUAUCAGAUUUUUAUGGACAAGAAUGAGAAAGUUGGAGUGCCUACCAUACAGCAGUUACUGGAAUGGUCUUUCAUCAACAGCAAUUUGAAAUUUGCAGAGGCCCCAUCAUGUCUGAUAAUUCAGAUGCCUCGAUUUGGCAAGGACUUCAAAAUGUUCAACAAAAUUUUCCCUUCUCUGGAACUGAAUAUCACAGACCUGCUGGAAGACACUCCGAGACAGUGUCGUAUCUGCGGAGGACUUGCAGUGUACGAAUGUCGGGAAUGUUACGAAGAUUCAGACAUUUCCUCUGGUAAAAUCAAGCAGUUUUGCAAAACUUGCAAUACGCAGGUUCAUCUUCACCCCAAAAGGCAGAGUCAUAAAUUCAACCCAGUGUCGCUUCCGAAAGAUUUACCGGACUGGGAUUGGAGGCACAGCUGCAUACCUUGUCAGAAGAUGGAGCUCUUUGCCGUUCUUUGUAUAGAGACAAGCCACUAUGUGGCUUUUGUUAAAUACGGCAAGGAAGAUUCGUCUUGGCUCUUUUUUGAUAGCAUGGCUGAUCGGGAUGGAGGUCAAAAUGGUUUUAACAUCCCUCAAGUGACUCCCUGCCCAGAAGUUGGCGAAUAUCUGAAAAUGUCUCUCGAUGAAUUGCACUCUCUGGACUCAAGGAGAAUCCAAGGCUGUGCACGAAGGCUCCUUUGCGAUGCUUACAUGUGCAUGUAUCAGAGCCCUACGAUGAGUUUGUACAAGUAGACCUGGAGGAUUCUCGUGAGGAAGGAUAGCGGACUGUGGCCCAAGAAAGCUCAACGGAGCUGUCGGCUUCUCAGCUUGCGCAUCUGUUGCUGGCAACGGAUGCUUCGAAGGGUAUGGAAAUCAAAGAACUAGAAAGAAGAAGCAGCUAUUUUAACAGGAAGGGGGAAAACGGAACCAUUCUACAGUGCAGUGUUGUGUUGCUAAAACACUCAAGUGUUUUUGCUCUUGGACAUGUGCGCGUGUGUAUGUGUGUGUGUGUGUGUUGUUUUUUUAAAAAAAUAAAAAAAAGUCUAAAUGAAGCGAUUGUAAUGUUUAGGUUGUGUUUCAGAAAAAACUGUUUACAUAGACCGAAGAUUACAUCCCCUCUGGAGCCUUCUGCUGAUUCUUCUGAUCCUGCACAGCCUAAAGAACGAGGACUAUAUUUUGGGUGUUGUAUGUUUCCCAGCGUUGUAUCCAUUGUGUCUGUAAGACAAGCCUUAGGACCUUGGCAUCAAGGGUUUUUUGCUUCUUAUUUUGACCUGGAAUAAGCUAAAUCACGAAUCCCAAAACAUCUCUAGCGCAUUGAGUUGAGUGUAUCAAUGCAGAUAUAUCUGAUCAGUUCCUUGUCACCCUGGACCAAGAAUGCACAUUGUUUUCUUCGUAGCAAACGGGUUCCUCCCAGGAAAAGGAAGAGUAAUGAUCCUGCAACCUUGCAGCGGUACUCGGAAGGAGCUCCAGAAGUGGCCUCCCUUGGCAAGAUUGUCCUCCCUUCCACAACUUCUUCCUAAGUCCUGUUCCACGCAUUUGAUGCCAUUUGUAAAGUCAUUUCUGGGAAUGUGUGGGAUGAACCAGUAUGAUGUCUUUCAAUGGAUACGCCCAUCUUCAAAGUUAAUCCUGUCUUCAAGCUUGAUUUCCAUAAUGAAAGAAUCCUGAAAACCUGUUUUUUUUCUUUCCUAAAUGCGUUUUGGAAACUUUUCAGCAUGUGUUCUGCAUGCUGCUUGGUCAAUUUCCCCCCCCCAGAAAGUAUCCAAUUAUUUGGAAGGUCUGAGGCUAUUCUCCUUUCCUCCAGUGAUGGGGGAAAGGCCCUCUGUCAGCUUGCAAUUCAGGGGUGAGAUCAAUUCAUAUCGGUUCAAGAGCUGUCGUAGAGAUCAUUCAAAAAAGCACUCCAUUAAAUUAUCUUUCUGUGUUCUGUUAGGUAAUAGUUUAUGUGUUCGCAUGCUUUCGCAUCUAGAGGGCAAAUUUGGAUUAUGCAAGCAAUCCAGUCUUCUAAUACGUUUGUUCCACAGUUCUGACCAAGGGAAUAUGAGUCAAGUUUAAUCCCAUCAAAAUAUUCUUUGCUGUUUCGCGAGCAGCAUAGGCUGCCUUUUAUGGUUAUAGCUGAUUCUCCCAAUGGGAACUCUUAGGAACUGUAUGUUGAUUGGGUGGAUUUGACAGCGUCUUCAGGUCUAUGACCACCUGCCACGGCCAACUUGCUGCGGAACAACUCGCCGUAGGACGAGAGUUACACUAAUGUCGAAGAAGUAGUGGAAUAGAAUCAUUAAAGAAAGGAUGCCAAAGGAGGGAUAAAAUGAAAAUAUGGAUGACAACAAUUACAAUAUGUUUCGAAUUAUUUUAAUUGUUGAAUUAUUCCAUGGUGAGUUGGCCAUGGUGAGUUUGCUGCAUCGAGUUGUCCCAUAUCAGUCGGCAUAUACAUUUGGGGUAAAUGUACCCCAUAAACAACCAUAUGUAAUAGUAGCAUGUUUACGACCUCAGUUGCUAGUUGUUAUUGUGCACUUAUAUUUUUUUUUGUCUCAGGGAAUGCCACGGAAAUGAAAUCUGUUGUCUGUUACAUGGAAGGCGAACACUGUACUUCUUUCAGUUUUGUGCUUUAGAAAUUGUACUGCCUCAUUUAUCAUCUCAAAGGAUUAUAUUGAGCCAGCAUGUAGUUAAAUCAUUUGACUUGCUGUUCAAAACAUUACUAGCUUGUUUGAAGUAUCAAUGUUGUAUUGAGCAUUUUUAUGAACUGUAGAUGUAAUAGCUUUUCUGCAGUAUGGAAGAAAACCUGCUAUUGUUGCCUUAGGUACAUUUUGAAGACAGCAGCUGAAGGCAUGUCUGAGGUGAGAAGAAAAGAAAACCAUGAAUGAGGUAGAAACGGAUUGUAUGUUAUGAAGUAGAUUGUUUUAUAUAUAUGUUAAAAAAAAAACUUCAGGAUGGAUGAUGGAUGCUGAAUGUCUCUUAAGAUCAGCUUGUAGGGAAACUGAUGGAGAGAGUAAUUAGGCAUCUAAAACUUUUUUCAAUGGUUUCUAAUUGCCCAGCAGGGCUACCAACUCAUGGCAUUAAUUCUCAUUUGUGUAACUCGUGAUUGGAUGUCCUCCUUGUUCCUACCGAUCCUGCUUUUCCUUGGAAUAUUUGUGGGAACUCCGAGCUUCAGAACAUAGUUGGGAAAUUGUGGUUUGAGAACACGUAGGGCUCCAGUUGGCUUGGACUGAGAUGAAAAUGGCGAUCUUGAUGGAGCAGUAAGAUGGAGGAACGUGGGCAGGAAAUGAGCAGUAAUUGAAAGAAUUUGUGGAAAGAGAUACUGAUCAGAAAACAAGCUCCAUCUUUUUAUCAGGUUGCAGGGGUGUGGAGAAUAAGGACGAGGACACAUCCAUACAUCAUCCGGAGUCGUUCUUGGGUCAUCUGAGGAUGUGGCUCUAAUCCUAGAACAAAUGUUUAUGUGGAGGUGAGAUCUGAAUAAAACAACAGGGUUUAGAAAGCUGGUGGCCAGCUGAAUCUUGGGAACUGUCUCCGUUUUGAAAUAAUCACAUCAGAGGUGGUGUAUGAGAUUUAGUUUGGUGGUUUUGAUAUAUAAUGAACCUUCCCAGCUUGUUUCCUAAUAUUGCAGUUGGAGGGAAAGUCAUUGCUGCUGACAGAUUCUCCCUUUCGAAUGUGCAGUGCAAUAAAACCUACAUGGCAAUCGCUGUCCGUCCCUUUCCUUGCUCUUUCUGUUUUCUCUGUUUCAUUCAUCGUGAUUCUGGCAUUUUGAUAACCACGCUCUAAAAGGUCUCCGGCAGUACUAUGAAAAGCGAACUUUAAGCCAUUGCCCUGCAGAAGGAACUCAACAGAAGUGAAAUCAUUUCGUUUUGAGGCCGUGUUUUCUAUAUGUCUGCACAGACUUUGGUGUUGUAAGCAAGACAUUAAAAGUGUCGUCUCUUGCUUUCCCCUGGGGCUGAGAUUGUCACACAGAAUAGCAUUUGAAUCCACACGAGAACUGAAUUGAAUUUUUAUCUUGACCUGAAUUGCCUCUUUCAAGGUUCAGGAUUUAUUUCGUCUGCCAUUGUAACAAACUUAACGUUCUGCAUUGGCUUGCACAAUUUUUAGGAAAACAAAAAUAAAAAGAUUUUGUGAUUUGAGUGCAGUUGUCUCAUAGAGCGUCUCAACUGAGAGUUUUAGGAAAUUUUUCAGAUUGUGUGUGUGAAGCCUUAAUUUCUUCAAACGAGAAAAAAAAAUGGUACCCUAUAUUAUUUCUGUACUAAUAUUUAUUAAACUCAUCAUUUUUGUGGCUGUGUAAUUUAUUUAGAAUGCUGGAAAGGCAUCCAUGGUUUUGAGGGAAAAUGAUGACCACAUUAAAAAUUUUGUACUUUACUAACUGCUUUUGGGGAUAGAA